CUGCUUCACAUCCAUACUUAGGUAGUCUUUCUCUUCCUUCCAUAUGCUCUGUCUGUCACUGUUUCCUCCCUUCAACCAAAAGCGGAAACUUUGCUCCAGAAACAUCACCUUCCCUUUAUAACACAUUUCAACAUCUCUUCUUUCUCUGACUUCACUCUAUCCCAAUCUCAAUCUCAAUCUCAUAACAUUCAUCCAUUUCCUCACUUGUUUCUCUUUCUCUCUCUUGUUUUGUUUCGUAGUUUCAGCAAUGGAGGCUUAGGGUUCCUGCUUCUGCUUUUUGAGAUUUUGAUGUAGUUCUGUGUUUUCUGAAGCAUUGAUCUUUGCUGUGAUGGGGAAAGGAAGAAGUCCUGGGAAAUGGAUCAGGAACUUACUCUCGGGGAAGAAAUCAUCAUCAAAGUCUAAUUCAUCAAAGAAGAAUGUUAUUUUAAAACCUUCAAGUGACAAGGAUGUGCUGGGGUCUUCUGAGAUAUCCGUGUCUGAUCCAAAUGUGGAUUCUUUGCUGAUAUCCGCGCCAAUUUGUGGAGCUAAUGCAACUAUAGGAGUGCUUUCAGAAAAGGAAGUGGUUAGUAGGUCAUCACAUGAUAGGGUUAUUCUUUCAACUGGAGAUGAAGAGGCUCAUGCACCAGCUGUUGCUAAUGUUGGAUCUCAAGAAGAUCUUGAGCAACUCAGGCUUACAGAAGCAGCUAUAAAAGUUCAGGCGGCUUGUAGAGGCCAUCAGGCUCGUCGAACAUUUCAAACAGUCAAAGGUAUCGUACAACUGCAAGCUUUUAUUCGUGGCCACUUGAUUAGAAGACAAGCUGUUUCUGCUUUAUACUGUGUUAAGGGAAUAGUUAAAUUUCAAGCAUUGGCUCGUGGUUACAAUGUUAGGCGUUCUGAUAUUGGGCUCGCAGUCCUGAAAAUUCGUAAGGAUACUCAAAGUUCAAAUUCUAUUGAGGUAGUUACAUCUACUCAGGCAGAGAAGCUGUCAGAAAGUGUGUUUGUUCACAAGCUUCUGGCUUCAUCGUCCUAUGCAGUUCCUCUAUCUCUCACUUGUGAUCCCGUAGAACCUAAUUUGGCUUGGAAAUGGCUUGACCUCUGGUCAAGGUCACACUUUUGGGCACCACUUCCUGAACUGAAGAAGAAACUUGACUCAGUGCCUGAUGAGAAAAGUGGCAGUUACCAAACAGUUGAAAGGGGACAAGUUAAAAGAAAUACUCGGAAAUCUCCUGCUGUGAAAGCUGACGAUGGCUCAAUUUCAGGUUCUAACAAAUAUAAACAGCGUCCAAAAAAGGACUCAAACCACCCAUUGCUUUCAGCUCAGGAACAACCACAAAAGGAAAUCGAGAAAACUAGUCUUAAAAAAACUCGCAUGCAAAAUGUUUCAGACAGAUGUGAGGAUGUUAAUGAGAAAAGAAAACAUAGCAAUAGAAAAAUUUCAGAUCAUACUAUCACUGAUGUUUCAGAGCAGGUCCCCAGUGCCUCUUCAGAGAAAAUGAAAGAUUUAACGGUGCAUAAGUCAAAAGGGUCUGAUCCUGAGAAAGAUCUUGGACAGCAAGCAAAAGGGGAGAAUGAUAAUGAGCCACAUAAUGAUCCUAUUGCUGUCUUGCAGACUAGUGUGGAGAAUGGAAGAGAUGAAAGAAUUCAAGGAGUCAGUAAGGACUUGAACGGUGGUGACAAUUGUAUCAGCAACAAUUGCCAAAGAAGGGCUUCACUACCUGCUAAUUUUAAUGAUCAGGAUAAUGAGUUACAUAACACACCAAGAGUGCCCAGUUAUAUGGCUCCUACUGAAUCUGCCAAAGCUAAGCUUAAAGGACAAGGUUCCCCAAGAUUUGCUACUGAUUUGGUUGACAAAAACAGUAUAACCAGGCGGCAUUCACUUUCAUCUUCGCUUAAUGGAAGGUCAGGUUCAUUUUCCCCAAGAGCAGAAAGACUCAUAACCAUGAGCAGCAGAGGAGUUAUAAGGACUGAUAGAUCUCUGUCAUCUUCAAGGGAUGGGACUGAGAAGUUGACCCAACCUCAGUGGAGAAGGUGAUUUUGCAUAAUUUCAUCUUCAAGGGAUGGGACUGAGAAGUUGAUCCAACCUCAGUGGAGAAGGUGAUUUUGCAUAAUCUCUCAGAACAAGGAUACUUCAAGGAGGUAAAAAGUAAAAGAGUAAAAAAAUAUGCAGACUUACAUUACAGCCUUUCUUUACUCAUCAUCAUCAUUAUGAUUUGUGGUCAUAGAUACAGAAGAAGGUUUUUUUUUUUUAAUUGUGAUCAGAAUCUGGUAUCAAAUUUCUUUUAGUAGGAGAACUUUGUUGGGUAUAUAUUUACUGAUCUAAGCUUAUGUACUGGUUUUUUAAUCCUCUGUGAUGUAUUGUUCAAACAAUUGUUUCAA